AUGUUCGCGAUUGAUUGCGAGAUGUGCAUCACUGAAGUGUCGAAUUCCGAGCUAACAAGGAUUUCAGUGGUAAAUGAAGACGGCGAUAUUCUUCUCGACACAUUGGUAAUGCCGAAAUCUCGAAUAGUUAAUUAUCUAACGGAAUGGUCUGGAAUCACACCCGAGCUGAUGGAAGGUGUUACUGUAACCCUGAAAGACGUCCAAGCUGCUCUUCGUCGCAUCUUGCCUCCUGAUGCAAUUCUUGUUGGGCACUCAUUGGAGCACGAUCUUCGAGCUCUCAAAAUGGCUCAUCCUUAUUGCAUCGACGCUUCAAUGUUGUUGAAUUAUGGCGGACAACGGAAAGAAAGACACAGCCUCAAAAAUUUGGCAGAAUUGUUUCUUAAAGAGAAAAUUCAAAUGGGCUACGGUCAUUGUUCGUAUGAAGACGCCUGGGCAGCAAUGAAGUUGGUCAAGUUAAAACUUGAUAAAGGGUUAAUUUUCGGUAACGUCAGCUAUGGCUGGGAUUAUUCGAAAUAUUUGAAAGAUAACGAUCGCGAGCAUAUUCCAGCGAAAAAAAGGCGAACGUCAAAACCAAAAUCAGUAGUGUUAUCGACAAAAAAGAUUCCAAAAUGUCAAACGUGUGAUUCGAGGACAAUCGUGAAUUGUACUGUUCGAGAUUGCGAAUGUGUUCGAAGCGCAGGACCGGUGACAUGCGCAGUUUGCUAUGUCGAUAAAAACACUGAAGAAGGAACCAUAAAUUGGGAAGACGCUUUACUUGUCGACGACAAAGCAGACAAAGAGAAACACGUGAAAACUUUCUUGGAUGGCGAAAAAGCAAAAACGGUGCUAUGCGGAUUUCGUUCAAAUAGUCUAAAGAAGGAAAGGACGAAAGGAAUUAUCCACAAACCUCGAAAAAAGCAUGAAUCGCAUGAGGAUUAUGUGGAACGGAUGCUUUCAGAAAUCUUGGCGCACAAUUUAGCACUUAUCGAGAUGAACUAUGAUGAGAAAGAGGUUAAACUAAUUGUAAAUGAAUUGCAAAUCGAGAGUGAUAAAGAAAUACAAGCGACAAUCGCUGAAAAGAUGGACACAAAUAUAGAGAGGCUCAUCAACGGAGCCAGCCAGAACUCCCUAAUCUUACUGGUCCUUACAAGUCCCGAAAAAUCAAUCCUUUAUAUAAAUAUUAAGUAA